GGCGGCAGCGGGGCACGGGCACCCCCCGCACCCCCGUCCCCGUCCCCGUCCCCGCCAGAGCCCGCCGGCGAGGCGGCAGCCUGCCCCGGCGCCCCGCAUCCGACUCCACGGAGCAGCAUGAGCGCGCGGAGCUGAGGCUGCCCGGAGCAGGAGGAACUCGGAAGAGCCCGGCGGUCCCGCCAGCGCAGCCCCCUCGCCGCUCCCGGCCGACAUGUCCUUCGCUAUGCUGCGCUCGGCCCCCAGCCGCUACCUGUACCCCGAGAUCAGCAUGCUGUCGGAGGACGAGGAGAACGGCAGCGAGAGCUCCGGCUCCGACGAGAAGCCCUACCACCUGGACGCCGACGGCUACGGCCUCAAGAGCAGCAAGCGGAGGAGCGGCAAGAAACCCAACCGGAUCAGCAGGGAGCCCCGGCAGCGUCACACGGCCAACGCGCGGGAGCGCGACCGCACCAACAGCGUCAACACCGCCUUCACCGCCCUCCGGACGCUCAUCCCCACCGAGCCCGCCGACAGGAAGCUCUCCAAGAUCGAGACCUUGAGACUGGCCUCCAGCUACAUCUCCCACCUGGGCAACGUGCUGCUGGUGGGGGAGGCGUGCGGGGACGGGCAGCCCUGCCACACCACGCCAGCCUUCUUCCACCGCGGCGGCGGCGGCAGCCCCCCGGCGCGCGACGCCGAGAACUCCCAGCCCAAACAGAUCUGCACUUUCUGCCUCAGCAACCAGAGGAAGCUGACAGCACAAGAACUCCUGGGGCCCGAACAUCUGGGAAAUUUAAUUUUACCGUUUCGGAGCUGAACUCCCCUUCGCCUCCCCUCCCCUCCCCGGUAACAAAGGAAGAGUCAGAGCAGGGGCCGCACGUGCGCCGGAGGGGGAGGCUGCGCCGGCGGCGGCGGAGACGGGGCAAAGCCACCUAAGGUGCCGGCCC